ACCAGCCGCGCCUGACUCGCGCGGAAAAUGGAAUCCGGCGCGUGUCUCUCGGCUGCAACGACAAUCUCCGCGGUUCUUUGUUGUUCAAUAAAUAUGAGCGUGCCUCCGCAAAGCUGUUACAUUUUCAGCGAUGACAAAUCGCUGCCGCCGAUCUAUCUUGCCGACGAAACGCCAACUUUUGUCGGGAGAAGCGUCGCCACCCAAAUAACUGACAUUAAGUGCUCCAAGCAGCAAGUAUGGCUUUAUGCGAGCUACGCAGAUAACAAAGUGUUUGUCAAACAAGUCGGCUCUCACUCGUCCGGUUUCAACGGCUUCAAAACGCAGAAGAAUGUGAAAUAUAUCGCCAAACACGGAGACUGUUUGGAAAUGCUUUACAACAAGUACAAAUAUCGUAUAGAGUUCAAUCCACCGCCGGAAGAGAAGGCCGAGAGCGAGAGUCUCAAAAAAAGAGUUUACGAAUCUAGUUCCGAUGACGGAGGCGAUGGGGUGGAUCCGAGUAGAUUAGCAAAGGCUAAGAAACCUAAGAUCGUAGGUGAGAAUAUCGACUCAGAUGUGCGAACUCUGGAAGAUCAUGUAGAAGAUAACGAGGCAGCUAACGGUAGCAGAGAAUUAAACCAAACGGAAGGCUUGGAAUCUUUGGCAAAUUCAAAGCCGGCAGAACAUGAACUUUGGGAAGACAUUGAUAAGGCGUUACUAAUAUAUACAAGCAAGGGCGUCAUAGCACGAUCUAAAAUAGCAGCCUAUGAUAUGGAUGGUACUUUGAUAAAGACACAGUCGGGGCAUGUUUUUCCCAAGGAUCAUAACGAUUGGCAAUUAAUUUUCUCUGAGGUGCCAGGAAAAUUGAAGAAAUUGCACAAAGAAGGGUAUAAAAUAGUAAUAUUUACAAAUCAAGGAUCACUUAGUCUUGGAAAGUGGAAACCCAGUGAUUUCAAAGUAAAAAUUGAGAGGAUUAUCCAAAAAAUUGGAGUUCCGAUACAGGUGUUCAUAGCUACUGGCAAAAGUAUAUACAGAAAACCAUUGACCGGGAUGUGGGAUACUCUGGUUAACCAUAAAAACGAAGGAGUACCUGUGGACAAAGAUUCCUCUUUUUUUGUCGGCGAUGCAGCUGGAAGAAAGAAAGAUUGGGCGCCAAAGAAAAAGAAAGAUCAUUCAAGUGCCGAUCGAUUGUUAGCUUUGAAUUUGGGUUUAAAAUUUGAAACAACAGAGGAACAUUUCUUGGGACAUAAGCCAGCGCCAUGGGAACUACCUAAAUUUGAUCCAAAGAAAUUAGUCGAAAAUACAGAUAUAACAGAUCCUCCUACGGCUAAGCUAAAAUCAGAAAAGCAAGAGGUGAUAAUUAUGGUCGGUAGCCCUGGUUCAGGUAAAUCACAUUUUGCUAAAGUACACUUGCCUACCUACCGUCGGAUAAACCGAGACACCUUGGGUAGUUGGCAAAAGUGUAUUUCAGCAUUGGAUCAAGCACUAUCCGAGGGAAAGAGUGCCGUCGUGGAUAACACUAACCCAGAUCCAACUGUCAGGCAGAAAUAUAUCGACAUUGCCAAGACACGGAGGGUUCCGGUGAGAUGUUUCUUAAUGGGGACGGAACUCGAGCAUACAAAACAUAACAACAAGUUUCGGCAGCUGACAGACAGCUCACACGACACAAUAAGCGACGCAAUAAUCCACGCGUACAUUGACACAAAGUCGCAGGUAAUAUGGCGCUGUGUCAGAUUUGUGAAGCUGCUGCUACUGUUGAUCUUACGAUUCUGCACGAACUUCGUCCUCAUGAAUGAUGAACAUUACAGAAAGAAUUUUAAGCCACCAACGAUGGACGAAGGGUAUACCGAAAUCGUCAAGAUCAACUUUGUGCCAAAGUUUAAAAACGAAAAAGACAAGAAACUUUACAAAAUGUACCUGCUGGAAAAGUGAUUCCUCAAGAAUUUUAUACUUAUAUAAUUAACACUUAAGUUUUUUCUAGUAAUGCGGUUGAUUUUUAUGCAUACGAUUAUUAUUUAUAUAAUUAAUAUUAUUUUUACUGUUUAAAAGUUGAACAAAAUUUGUUCACUUAAAUUUUCUAAGCAAUGGCUAUGCGGAAUUAUUAGCAAUUUCAGUGUGUGGCUCAGCUGUUUUAUAGUAUUACUCGAGUGAAUAGUUUCUACUCAUUCCAUGUACAUUUCCUUUUUUUUCCGAAUAAUUGAUUUUAUUGUGAAGACAAAAACAAAAGUGAUAUCCUACAAUGAUUUUAGUUAUUGAUUAAUGAUCAUCAUGUAAGAUCGUGCCGAAUAAAAAAAA